AUGGCAGACGACAUCACCCGGGACCUGGUCGUCGCUCUUCAGUCAAUAAGCUACAGCGGAUCGACCUCUGCUACUCUGCUCUCCGAUCCCAUCGACAUCAUGAUCGACUCGACAGAUCCGAAUCUCUGGCUCCCCGCCGAUGUCUGUGAUGCCUUCGAAGCGGCCUUCGGGCUGACCCUCGAUAGCGAAUCCGGCUUAUACUUGGUGAACGAGACGCACCGGAACGCGCUGCUCGACUCGAAUGCCCAAGUGUCCUUUAGGCUGUCCGACGUAAAGUCAGGGGGCGAUACAGUGACGAUAGUUCUCCCUUACGCGGCUUUCGACCUCACGGCGCGCAACCCUCUCGUGGAGAACACCACUCACUACUUCCCCCUGAAGCGGGCCAACAGCUCGGCGCAGUACACGCUCGGGCGGACCUUUUUACAGGAGGCUUACCUCUCUGUCGACUACGAGCGCAAGGUAUUCAAUGUAUCGGCGUGCGAAUGGAACCAGGGCGCCACGGCGACCAUCGUCACGAUUACACCCGGGGACUCGGAUUCGGGCAACUCGGGCAACUCGGGGGACCCGGGCGACGGUUUCUCGAGCGGCUCGGGCCUAAGCGCCGGAGCCAUCGCCGGCAUCGUCGUCGGCGCCGUGGUCGUGGUGCUCAUCGUCGCCGCAAUCAUCAUCCUCCGCUACCGAAGGAAGUGGUUGGGCGCCGGUUUCGCCGCUGCCGCAAAAAGGGAUCCGCCGUCGCCCGACGAAGCCGUCCUCAAAGGCCCCGUCUUCAACUCGCCCUCCGCUCGCCACGACUCCACGCAAGACUCGUCGGUGCCCUUCUCGGCGGCCGAUGUAUCGGCCACCAGGUCCCGAUCGACAGCCGAAUACGCCAGACCGGCAUCAAGCGGACUGCGCGACAGUAGUACCGCCAACUCAUCCACGCCGGAGCUGGAUGGCCGCGAUACGCUGGUCAGACCAGACACCGAGCUUGACGGGAACGAGAUCAAGGGCCCGCUACCUCGCGUGGCGGAGAAUCCGGGCGGCCUCCACGAGCUGCCGGGGAGCGAACCGGUUGUGAAUGGCAGGAAUGGCAAUCGGAGCAGCGAGGCAGAAGUGAAUCGGACAUCUUCCCCUGCGCCUCUGUCGCCCUCCUCCCUCUCUGCCGAGGGUAGACAGGGAUGGAAACACUCCCCUCCCUCACCAAUGACUGCCACGACCGACAGGAAUCCGGCGGCGUGGGGACGUGAUAGCCUGGUGUCCCAGUUGUAA